AUGUUUGGCCAGGCGGCGUUCACAGUAGACAUGUACGAUGAAUGGGAAGGUCGAAAUCGUACACAGCCAGUUCACUUAACAAUGGAUCAUCAAGGUAUUAAUACCAACCCGUCUCUUGAACGAGUAAGCAGCCCUCAAGCAGGCUCCCAAAGCUGGAAUGUCCCAGCUGCUUCACAUUUGGCUUCAUACUUGCCAGAUGCUGCUGGGCCAAGCGCUCUUUAUGAAGAAUUUGGUGACUCCCAACGGCUGGGUCAUUCUGUACCGUUACUAACGCCUGCAAUGGCUAUCAAGUUAGACAAGCUACGACUGAUAAGAAGAACCGGCUACUAUACCUUGGCACCUAUUGGCGUUAACAAAACAAUGGCACAGCUAGACUACGAAUCUCAGGAUGUGGAAGAUGACGAUUGCAACGUUGCUCAAGCUGAAAACCUGAACGUCAACGUAUCUACUUCUAUCUACCAGGAUGCGCCAUCUGUGAUACCUCAGCCUGGAACUGAGCAUGAUUUGGAUGCGAAUAUUGAGGACGGAGAUGCAUCAAGGAGUUUCGAAGCCUCAUCUGACCUUUCAGAGGAUGAUGACGCAAUGGUCAAUGGAACCCGAGCUCGAAGUAUGGCUUUCCAAUCCCAUGAAUCUGAUACUCAACUUGUGUCUAGCGGAAUUGCCAUACAGACAUCGACCACACCUGGUACAACUGAGAUAUCUGCUAAUGUGAUCAACUGUGAACCUUCGGAUGUGGAAAUGGUGAUUGAAGAUGACUAG